AUGGCGCUCGCGUGGCCGGUCUUACUCUUGGUUGGCGCGGCCCUUGCUCAGCAGCAAUGCUACUUCUCGGCAGGUGCUCAGUAUCGCGCUGAUUCCCAAGUAGUGCCAUGCAAUGGUACUGGAGCGUCCGCUUGCUGUCGGCUUGGCGAUACCUGCUUGUCUGGCAACACCUGCUACAAUCAUGACACGGGCAACCUGUAUCAGUAUGGCUGCACAGAUAUCCACUACGAAGAUGCGAGUUGUCCGUACAAGUGCGGGCUUGACCCAAGUACAAUGCCCCUGUUUUCACCAUCAUCCUUUCCAGCGCUGAUGCCUCGAGGCUGUAAGGAAAUGGGCAGUGAUGCACUUGUCGCUCUCUAUGCUCCAGAAAAGCUCGCACCGUACGUUUCGCUGCCUUCAAGCAUUGGCGGUUCGACUGGAUACUACUCCCCAACUGUCUCCGCGGGAAGCAACUCCUGGGUAGAGACUGCAGUCCCUGGAUACACUCCAACUCCUUUCACACAGCUAACGACAUAUCGUGAUGCGCCAACAACGCCCAUUCAAAUCCAGCCCGAUGCCACGCCUGGACCAUCGACAUACGCCUCCGCUGCAAGUUACACCGCACCCUCAUCGAGAUCGACUUCCACACGCAGCAGCGAUACCACAGCAGCCUCGGCGUCCGGCUCGGCUACACUAAGUGGUGAUGCUUCUCUAGUAUCGCAUAGCAACGCGCCUGAUACCGGACUAAGCACCGGUGCCAAAGCCGGCAUUGGAGUGGGUGCAGGAGUCGGCUUUUGUUUGACAGUGGCUUUGAUCGUUGCCCUCAUCCUCCUUCGUCGACGAAACAAUAAAGAAGCCAAAGCACACCCGGCUCCUCCUCCUGCGCCAUCGUAUCCAGGGACACCACACAUGCAGCAACAACAGCUUGCGCCCUAUCCUUACGGAUCGCCAAUGCAAGGCAUGAACUGGGCUCCGCCAUAUGCGCAAGGCCAACUCCCCGAGGCGUACACUCCAUACCACCAAGAUUCACAAAGCGAGGUGUCAAGAGACAAGUCGCAAAAUUCUCCUUCAUACAAGUCACGCUCGCCUCCUGUACCCAGCCCACCAAUGGAGCUUGCUGCAGACGCGACGAGGCCACCUAUUCACGAGAUCGACUCGCAUGAUGCAACGCUUGAUGCGCGGCCAGAACAUGGGGAGGGCGGGAGGUUUUGA